AUCUUAAACCCCGAUUCCAAAUGUAAUACCAUUUUGCUAACUCAUUUCUGUUCUCAUUCUUUUCGCUCACUGAACUAAAAUUACUAAUCCCCUCACCGAGUGGACUCAUUCUUCAAAGGAAUGCCUGUUGGCGUUCGCCAACUCACCGUACUCGGUGAGUUCAAGCCGUUCGGAUUAAUUGCCGAGGCACUUGACGGAAAACCGCCAGAUACUUCGACUGAUGAUUACGAUUAUUUCCUCUUCGACCCAGUAAUCGCGAGGCAACGUGACGAUAUUUUGGAUAACGACGCCUUCGCUUCAGCUCUCAGUGACCGCCGCGAGCACGAGCUCUUUAUUCGAGGCAACCGUAUAAUUUGGAGUAUUGGUUCAAGAAUUUUUAAGAGAUUCACUUUACCUUCUCCAGUCAUCAAGGCAUGCUGGUGUCGUGUGGGUGAUAAUUCCGAAGCCCUUCUUUGUGUCUUACUAAUUGAUUCCAUAACGAUCUACACUACAUCAGGUGAAGUAGUAUCCAUUCCGCUUCCUUGUUCCAUUAUAUCUAUGUGGUCUCUUCCGUUUGGACUGUUACUCCAGCAGGUGGCUGAAGAAAAUUCAGUACUGCAUGGCCCUUUUCCAUAUUCAAGCCCAUCACUAGGUUCACAUGAUAUAAUUCGUAAUAGAAGAGAAAGUGGGCACAGCCCUCAUCACAAUUUUAGUUUUCUGACCGCAUAUGAUCAGCUUAUUAAGGGAGAAUCAAGCUUAUUGUCAUCGCAUUUGAUUCUGAAAGAUCUACUGGAAGAACCACAGUCAAUUUACAUUGAAGAAAGAGGAAAACUGAACAUAAUGAGGGAUUUUGAUGAAAGAACAAUUUGGACUAGUGAUGUUAUCCCUCUAAUGGCUUCAUAUAACAAAGUUAAAAUGCAGCAUUCAGUUUGGGUUGCUGAAGUAAUUAAUUCUAGCCUUGAAGUGGAAAAUGGUAGUUUAUCUGCUACAAUUCCUGCUAGUGUAUUACCGAAGCGCUUCUUCUUCCGUAGAAUAUGGCAAGGGAAGGGUGCUCAAACAGCUGCUUCUCAAGUGUUUCUUGCAACUGAUGAUGAUUCAGCUCCUGUAAUUUCUUUUCUUUUCUUGGAACAAAAAAAGUUACUUUCUUUAAGGCUUCAGUCUGUUGAAAUAAACAACGAGAUUCUGUAUGAUGUUAAACCUGAUAUGAGCUGGAGCAUACCUGCAAUUGCUGCUGCUCCUGUCAUUGUGACGCAACCAAGUGUGAAGGUGGGAUUGCUUCCAUAUACAGACAUCAUUGUUUUGGCUCCAGAAAACAUAUUAUUGCUUUAUUCAGGGAAGCAAUGCCUUUGCAGGUUUCUGCUUCCUUCAUCUUUGGGCAAAGAAAGUAUCUCUUGCAAUUUGGGAUUCUCAAAAGCAUCAUCCAUUUCCCAUGACCUGAAAAUUGUAGGAUUGGCUGAUGCUGUUGAGGCGCGUAUUAAUGUGAAAGUAAAUAAUCGAAAGAUUUUUCGAUGCGCACUACGUAGAAACCCGUCAUCAUCAUUGGCAAAUGAUUGUAUAACAGCAAUGGCUGAAGGGCUCAGUCCAAGUUUUUAUAGCCAUUUUCUUAUUCUUCUUUGGGGUGAUAAUGAAUCUGGCUAUUUGUCAGAGUCUAAUUCUACUGUUGAUUCUGAAUGGAAUUCUUUUUGUGAUACUAUCAUGCAAAUGUGCAAGAAGUCAUCUGUAGUGUCUCAAGAGAUUCCAAAAUCAUCUUGGGAGUUUCUUCUUGAUAGCAAAUUUCAUAGGAACUACUGCAAAAUAAAUUCUAUGAUUGGAUUGUCUUCUGACGUCGCACUUGACAGGAUAGGAUUGGAUUCAAUGAGAUCAAGUAUGGAUGGAACAAAAAGUUCAGAAAAAUCGUUUUACUCUGAUUUAUUGGGGGAGAGUUUGAACUCUCUACAUGCAGUUUAUGAAAGUUUGAAAAUGGAUAAUCUUCGGAGAAGGGAUUUGGAGCUUUUGGCAAUUCUGUUGUGUGAUGUUGCAAAAUUCUUGGGUGAAGAAUGCUAUUUGGAUCAUUACGUUCGUGAUUUUCCCGCCCUUUGCAAGACAUUCAGGAUGGGCACAGAUCGAUUGUCCAGCAAGGCUCCUUUCAGCUUAUUCAGAUGGCUAGAAAAUUGUUUGCAACGUGGAUGUACUCCUGAUAAUAUUAACAAUCUUCCCCUCGUAGUUUGUAAAGAUGGAAGUUCUGUGGUGAGCUGGGCUCGUAAGAUUGUAUCUUUUUACAGUUUACUAUCUGGUGCCAAAAUCAUAGGAAAAAAGCUUUCAUCUGGUGUUAGCUGUAACAUUGCCUCUGGAUCAUUUUGCUCAAAUGAGGAAGUCACAGUGUUGGCAAUGGUUGGGGAGAAAUUUGGAUUAAAAGAGUUAGAUUCUUUGCCUUCUGGUGUAUCUCUUCCUCUUCGACAUGCUUUGGAUAAGUGUCGGGAAUCUCCUCCUGCUGAUUGGCCUGCAGCUGCAUAUGUACUCGUUGGUCGCAAGGACUUGGCUUUGUCUUGUUUGACACGUUCUUGCAAAUCUAAGCAACUUGAAACACAAACUAAUGUGAAUUUGGUCUGUAUGUCUACUCCUUACAUGAUACACUUGUAUCCUGUGACAAUUCCUUCAACAGUAUCUGAAACUGAUGGUCUGGAAAGCACGAGGCUUGAGGAUACAGAUUCCAUUGAUGGGUCAGCAACAGAUGGCAUGGAGAACAUAUUCAGCUCUUGCACCCAGUUGCGAUAUGGUCGGGAUCUAAGAUUAAAUGAGGUUAGACGCCUUCUAUGCUCCGCAAGACCUGUGGCUAUUCAAACAUCGGUUAAUCCUAGUGCCUCGGAUCAGGAUCUCCAACAGGCUCAACUGUGGCAGCUUGCACAGAGGACUACUGCUCUUCCUCUUGGCCGUGGGGCAUUUACAUUAGCAACUAUAUAUACUCUAUUAACAGAAGCUUUUACUGUUCCAAAGCUUGUUUUAGCAGGGCGGUUGCCUGCCCAACAAAAUGCUACUGUUAAUCUUGAUCCAAGCAUAAGGAACAUACAAGAACUGAAGUCAUGGCCUGAGUUCCACAAUGCUGUUGCUGCCGGAUUAAGACUGGCCCCACUUCAGGGAAAAGUGUGUAGAACAUGGAUAAUAUAUAACAAGCCCGAGGAACCUAAUGCAGUUCAUGCUGGACUUCUCCUUGCUCUUGGAUUACAUGGAUUUCUGCGUGUUUUACGGAUUACGGACAUAUACCAAUACUUUUCACAGGAACAUGAAAGCACAACUGCAGGUUUAAUGCUCGGUCUGGCAACUUCUUAUAGAGGGACUAUGCAACCUUCAAUAGCAAAGUGUCUUUAUGUGCAUAUACCUGCUCACCAUCCAUCUUCCUAUCCAGAGUUGGAGUUACCAACACUGCUUCAGACUGCAGCACUAAUGUCACUCGGGCUUCUUUUUGAAGGAUCAGCACACCCCCAAACAAUGCAAAGAUUACUGAGUGAAAUAGGCCGAAGAAGUGGAGGUGACAAUGUCCUUGAAAGGGAGGGUUAUGCUGUUUCUGCAGGCUUUUCAUUGGGUCUUGUUGCAUUGGGCCGAGGAGAAGACACAUUGGGAUUAAUGGAUACACUGGUUGAUCGGCUAUUUCAUUAUAUCGGUGGGAAGGAAAUUCGUAAUGAAAGAUCCCCCCUGCUUGCUACAUCAGUGGAUGAACACAACCUGGGCACUGGGCAGAUGAUGGAUGGAACCACUGUCAAUGUUGAUGUCACUGCACCUGGGGCUAUGAUAGCUCUUGCUCUAAUGUUUUUGAAGAGUGAAUCAGAGGUGAUUGUCUCUAGGCUCACAAUUCCCCAAACAAAUUUCGAUUUGCAAUACGUAAGACCUGAUUUUAUAAUGUUUCGUGUCAUUGCUCGGAAUUUGAUCAUGUGGGGCAGGAUUCAUCCCUCUAAAGACUGGAUUCAGUCUCAGAUUCCUGAAAUUGUAAAAAAUGGUGUCAAUAGCCUUGGAGAUGAUGCCAUGGAUAUUGAUGAAAUGGAUGCAGAAACUGCUGUACAGGCAUAUGUCAAUAUAGUAGCUGGGGCAUGUAUUUCUCUUGGGUUGAGAUUUGCUGGCACAAAGGAUGGAAAUGCACAGGAGUUGCUUUAUGAAUAUGCUGUCUACUUCCUGAAUGAGAUCAAGCUUGUUUCCACUACAAACAGGAAUACCUUCCCCAAGGGUUUAUCUCAGUAUGUUGACCGAGGCACAUUUGAGAUGUGCCUUCAUCUUAUUGUUCUAUCCUUGUCUGUGGUUAUGGCUGGUUCUGGACAUUUACAGACCUUCCGGCUUUUAAGGUUUCUCCGCAACCGAAGCUCUGUAGAUGGUCAUGCUAACUAUGGUAUCCAGAUGGUGGUGAGCUUAGCAAUUGGUUUCUUGUUUCUUGGUGGAGGCACGAGGACAUUUUCUACCAGCAACAGUUCCAUUGCAGCAUUGCUUAUCACUCUCUAUCCACAGUUGCCUACAGGACCUAAUGACAACCGUUGCCACCUUCAGGCAUUCAGACAUUUGUAUGUCCUUGCAACGGAGGCUCGCUGGCUUCAAACUAUUGAUGUCGACACUGGCCUCCCUGUUUAUGCUCCUCUUGAAGUCACAAUCAGGGAAACUGAGCAUUAUUCUGAAACGAGUUUUUGUGAGAUUACUCCUUGCAUUCUGCCCGAGCGUUCUAUUUUGAAGACAGUUCGUGUCUGUGGCCCUCGAUACUGGCCUCAAGUGAUUGAGCUUGUUCCCGAAAAUGAGCCUUGGUGGAGUUUGGGUGACAGGAAUGACCCAUUUCACUCUGGUAUUCUCCAUGUGAAACGGAAGGUUGGAGCUUGUUCAUAUGUGGAUGAUCCCAUAGGGUGUCAGUCACUGCUUUCACGAGCAAUGCACAAGGUCUUUGGUUCGACAAGUCUAAGAGCAGGAGAUGAUGGACCUACUGCCAUCACUGUUGAUCAACUUGUCAGCACCUUCUCUUCUGAUCCAAGCUUAAUUGUUUUUGCACAACUCUUCUGUGACCUUUCCUGGAAUAGCAAAUCUGAUGUUGACUUCCAGGAGUUUUGCUUACAAGUAUUGUUUGAGUGUAUAAGCAAGGAUAGACCAGCUCUUCUGCAGGUCUAUUUAUCCUUGUACACCACCAUUGGCACCUUGGCAGAGCAGGUCUCCAGCAGCGAUCUUCUUGUCGGCGACUCAUUAUCUCUCUCUAAUUUAAAGCUUGCAUUGUCCUAUAACGAGGCUGUCUUGACUGGAAGGUUGACCACUUCAAAUGGCAGCAUUGUUCAAUCUGUGUUUCUAGGAUCUCUUCGGAAGCGGGUUGAAGAACUCCUGAAUUGUUCAGAGGCGUUAAAGAAUGAUUUGCGUAAUUAUUUGAAGUCGGGUAGUUGGCCUGAUGAUGAUAGAUCCAGAGGAGUGAAAAGUUCAACAAUUCUUUCUUGGUAUCUCCAAUGGUUUGGUGUAGCAGCCCCGGCUACGGUGAAGGCAACGGUGGACAGAAUUAAUCACAUGAACAUCUCUUCGUCUCGGGUUCCUUUGUUGUGUUUGUUGUUACCAGGCACUCACAUAAAUGCAAUCGAAGAGAUAAAUCGACUUCUGUUGUCUUCCUGAGUGAACAGAUGAAG